AAAAAAGAACGUGGAAGGAGACGGUAGUUUAGCUUCAGUCGCUAAAGAUCCAGUGAGCCCGUGAGGCGUUGGGGAAACAGGUCCCACGCGGGGACGUCGGGAGGGCUGCGACUGAAGAGAAUCGCAGGUCUUGGGUAGGGGUCGCCUGAGGAGCUCGGGCCUCAGUCUUUUCUCGGCCCUGCCUAGAUUCCCCCCCGGAGGAAGGGAGAGCGGGGCGGGGCACAUCUGCUGCUGUCCAGGAACCUGCCCUGCUGAGAACUGGGAGACCUUUGGGACGUCUAUCUUUGCAAGUAAGAACAGCCUGAGGAGAACUAAAUGAAGUGGGGGUGUUUAACGAAGGACAACAGGCCUACAGAAGACAUGAAUGGAGACUAUAGAGGCAGAGGAUUUGGACGAGGGAGGUUUCAAAGCUGGAAAAGAGGACGAGGUGGUGGGAGCUUCACAGGAAAAUGGAGAGAGAGAGAACACAGACCUGACCUGAAUAAAACUACGAGAAAGCAUACUUCUGAACAAACCUCACAGUCUUUGCUACUACAAUCAACAUUGGAUCAGUUCAUACCAUAUAAAGGCUGGAAGCUUUAUUUCUCUGAAGUUUACAGCAGUAGCUCUCCUUUUAUUGAGAAGAUUCAAGCAUUUGAAAAUUUUUUCACAAGGCGUAUUGAUUUAUAUGAUAAGGAUGAAAUAGAAAGAAAGGGAAGUAUUUUGGUGGAUUUUAAAGAACUGACAAAAGACGAUGAAAUGACUAAACUGGUACCAACUAUAGCAAAUGAGUUAAGGGAUACACCUGAGAAAACUUUGGCUUGCAUGGGUCUGGCAAUACAUCAGGUAUUAACUAGGGACCUUGAAAGGCAUGCAGCUGAAUUACAAGCCCAAGAAGGAUUGCCUAGGGAUGGGGAAACAAUGGUAAAUGUGCCACACAUUCAUGCAAGGGUCUAUAACUAUGAGCCCUUGACACAGCUCAAGAAUGUCCGAGCAAAUUACUAUGGAAAAUAUAUCGCUCUGCGAGGGACAGUGGUUCGUGUCAGUAACAUAAAGCCUCUGUGCACUAAGAUGGCUUUUCUUUGUGCUGCAUGUGGAGAAGUUCAGGGUUUUCCUCUUCCAGAUGGAAAAUAUAAUCUUCCCACGAAGUGUCCUGUGCCCAUAUGUCGAGGGAGGUCAUUCACUGCUCUCCGUAGCUCUCCUCUCACGGUUACGAUGGACUGGCAGUCAAUCAAAAUCCAGGAGCUGAUGUCUGACGAUCAGCGAGAAGCUGGUCGGAUUCCACGAACAAUAGAGUGUGAACUUGUUCAUGAUCUUGUGGAUAGCUGUGUCCCAGGAGACACAGUGACUAUUACUGGAGUUGUCAAAGUCUCAAAUGCUGAAGAAGGUUCUCGAAAUAAGAAUGACAAAUGCAUGUUCCUUUUGUACAUUGAAGCCAAUUCUGUUAGCAAUAGCAAAGGACAGAAAACAAAGACUUCUGAGGAUGGGUGUAAGCAUGGAGCACUGAUGGAAUUUUCACUUAAAGACCUUUAUGCCAUCCAAGAGAUUCAAGCUGAAGAAAACCUGUUUAAACUCAUUGUCAACUCACUUUGCCCUGUCAUUUUUGGUCAUGAACUUGUUAAAGCAGGCUUGGCAUUAGCACUCUUUGGAGGAAGCCAAAAAUAUGCAGAUGACAAAAACAGAAUUCCAAUUCGAGGAGAUCCACAUGUCCUUGUUGUUGGAGAUCCAGGCUUGGGAAAGAGUCAGAUGCUACAGGCAGUAUGCAAUGUUGCUCCACGUGGUGUGUAUGUUUGUGGUAAUACCACAACCACCUCUGGUUUGACUGUAACUCUUUCAAAAGAUAGUUGCUCUGGAGAUUUUGCUUUGGAAGCUGGUGCCCUUGUACUUGGUGAUCAAGGUAUUUGUGGGAUAGAUGAAUUUGAUAAGAUGGGGAAUCAACAUCAAGCCUUGUUAGAAGCUAUGGAACAACAGAGUAUUAGUCUUGCUAAGGCUGGCAUGGUUUGUAGCCUCCCUGCAAGAACUUCCAUCGUCGCUGCUGCAAAUCCAGUUGGAGGACACUACAAUAAAGCCAAAACAGUUUCUGAGAAUUUAAAAAUGGGGAGUGCCCUGCUGUCCAGAUUUGAUUUGGUCUUUAUCCUGUUAGACACCCCAAAUGAGGACCAUGAUCACUUACUCUCUGAACAUGUGAUUGCAAUAAGAGCUGGAAAGCAGAGAACUGUUAGUGGAGCCACUGUAACUCGCAUGAAUAGUCAAGAUUCAAAUACUUCUGUACUUGAAGCGGUGUCUGAUAAACCAUUAUCAGAAAGAUUAAAGGUGGUUCCUGGAGAAAAAAUAGAUCUAAUUCCCCACCAGCUGUUGAGAAAGUACAUUGGUUAUGCUCGGCAGUAUGUCUAUCCAAGGCUGUCCACAGAAGCUGCUCAGAUUCUUCAAGAUUUUUACCUUGAGCUCCGGAAACAGAGCCAGCGGUUAAAUAGCUCACCAAUCACUACUAGGCAGCUGGAAUCUCUGAUUCGUCUAACAGAGGCACGAGCAAGGUUGGAAUUAAGAGAAGAAGCAACUAAAGAAGAUGCUGAGGAUAUAGUUGAAGUUAUGAAGUAUAGCAUGCUAGGAACUUACUCUGAUGAAUUUGGAAACCUAGAUUUUGAGCGAUCCCAGCAUGGUUCUGGAAUGAGCAACAGGUCAACAGCAAAAAGAUUUAUUUCUGCUCUCAACAACAUUGCUGAAAGAACUUACAAUAACUUAUUUCAAUUUCAACAACUUCGGCAGAUUGCCAAAGAGCUUAAUAUUCAGCAGGUGGAACGGAUUUUUGACACAUACCCCUCUGAGGUGGAUACACAGACAGUGGGUGAUUAUACCACUUGCGAAUGAGGACACAGAACUUAACCAAAGUAGGCUGUAAUUCUGCACCAUCAGAAUCUACCCAACUAAACAGCAGCUGGACAUGAGAGGUUCUUAAUAAGGGACUAGACACCUUUCUGGCAGUUCUUAGAGAAAGGUCACAUACCUUCACCAAGGCCAAGAAUAAAGGGCAUUUCUGGGUUGCUAAGUUAAUACCUUUAAAAGAAAAGCUAAGGUGAUAUCCCUGUAUUUUUUCCACCUGAUAUAUGAGAUUAGGGGCUGUAGGGAACAAGCACAAGACCAGACCCUUAGGAACAUGGCAAAGGGCUCAUAAUACCACCUGAGCUCUGAACACAGAGCUGUGAGUGCUGCCUAGUGAUUAUUACCUAGGGGUUGGUGAGUGGGCCUUUUGGGCUACAAGAAUCUCUUAAAAUUUUAUACAAAAUCUGUGUUGCAUAUUUUUUAAUAGCUUUCUCCAGAUUCUAUAGGAGGUCUGGAAAAGAUUCCAUGGAAGACACUUUUUUAUCUUUUCAGGGCUGACGUUCAGAUAGUGUGCAAUAGUGUAAGUUCUCUGAGAACAGAAACUUGUGCAGAUGGCCUAGAAUCUAGUACAUGACUGGUAUGCAAUGAUGCUCUAAGUAUUUGUAGGGAGAAAAAGGAAAGAAUACAUUUAGUCUAAUUUGCCUCCUGGGAAAUGGGCUUGGAAUUGACAAGAACAGAAGACCUAGUGUUGCUUUAGCACCAGAAAAUCCAUCCCAAGCUCUGGCGGACAGCUCCACAAGUAGACCUUACUUUGGUAAUACCUAGUUUUACUGGGUAAAAUCUCAGUUUUAAUGAAAAAAAAAACGUGAAAAAAUAUUUCAAAAGGGAUCCAGCCCUGUACUUUGCUCAUAAUACCAGAAAGGACAUAGAAACACAACUGUUUUUAUGCUAUCAGUACUGAGCUUCCCAGCCCUGUACUCUCUUAUCCUAUAUAUCAGCAUGUGCACCAGAGAUAAGGUUAUUAAACAACCUGAUGUAACUGGAAAAAUAUUAAUGCUGAAGUGUAUGGAGACAACGGUUUAUGAAAAUAUGAACGGUAAUAACUUCAAUUCUUAAGGAAUACGAGGUAUGUGCAGGAAAUCAAUAGCUGAAGAAUAUGUACCAUAUACAAAACACUAAAAAAUAAAAUUCUCACACUUGCAUUC